AUGCGUCGAAUAUUUCUGAUAAGCGUUCUUUGCAUUCGUUUCGUGCCCACACUACCGACUCCCGCCAAAGCGCCACCAUGCCAAUUGCCACCAUUUACUAAUUUGUUGCCUUUGAAUUCACGUCGCGAGUUACGCAAAAUUUGGGCUGGAUUUCAUUCGACGACGGCGGCCAAAAAAUGCGAACGACAGUUAGCGCAAACUCGAGAGCUAAUUGCUGGUCUUCCAGAAGAUGUCAAGAUUCGAAUUCUUGACUUUGAUCGCGGAAUAGUCACUCCUGUCGAAACUUCUCACAAAAAUAACAAUUUUCUUUCGGGAUUAUCCGAAGAACAAACUCAUCAAUUCUCACAGAUUAUGUCUAAUCGAUCAGCGACUUCCGAACAGAAAUAUGAUAUGCUUCGUAAUUGGGCUUCAGAAUAUUUAGAUCUUGAUCAAAUCAGUAAGGUUGAUCAGUUCAUUUCAUUUUUGCAAAGGAAAGAUAAAAGUUUCCAAGCCAAGGUGAAAAACCUUUCUUCUGAAGCACGAAUUGCCCACGAUAAGCUUGAAUCAUUAAGAAGAUUGAAACAAGAUGUUUAUAAUGAAUUAUCGGAUAAAGCUAAAAAGGAACUUGCUCUUCUAUACAGAGCAAAGUGCCCUCGUGGAAGUAUUUAUGAGUCUAGCGAUCUAGACGCCGAGGAAAUUCAACUAGCGUGUUCUGUUGAUGAGCGAAUGCCGUUGCUUCGGACUAUUCCAACUAAUUCGCAUUCAAGUUCGACGACUCCAUCAACAAUCGUAACCACGAAAUUGCCAACGGAAACUACCACCACAUCCACAACGCCUUCAACUACAACAACGACUCCAGCAACAACAACUUCAACACCAACCACGACGACGACAGUGACAACAACAUCAACAACGACGACAACUCCAUCGACAACCACAGCUACGACAAAGAUACCAUCUACAACAAAAUCUCACAGUAGCCCUGAUCAGAAAUCGUAUUCAACAAAUAAAUCGCCUAAUAAUGAACAGGAAUCGCUGUGGGUUCGUCUGACGACGCCGGAGACCACAACCCAUGGUCGUCUUUCAUUCGAAAUCGAAAGGAGUAAUUCGAGUAUUCCAGUGAUUCCAGGCCGACCGAAUGGAGUGGCUUCGAUGUUCGUCGCAGAUCCCGAAAAGCUGUCAGAUUUGUUGAAAAAGAUUUUCAAACAAAACUGA